AUGGUGCUCCAAGACCUCGGGCGGCGCAUCAAUGCCGCCGUCUCCGACCUCACGCGGUCGCCCAACCUCGACGAGAAGGCGUUCGAGGCCAUGCUCAAGGAGAUCUCCAACGCCCUCGUCGAGGCCGACGUCAACAUCAAGCUGGUCAUGAACCUGCGCCAGUCCGUCAAGCGCACCAUCGACUUCAAGAACCUCGCCCCCGCCGUCAACAAGAAGCGCCUCAUCCAAAAGACCGUCUACGAUGAGCUCGUCAAGCUCGUCGACCCCCACGCCGAGCCCUUCAAGCCAAAGAAGGGCAAGCAGAACGUCAUCAUGUUCGUCGGUCUGCAGGGUUCCGGUAAGACAACAUCGUGUACCAAGCUCGCGAGAUGGUACCAGGCGCGCGGGUUCAAGGCGUGUUUGGUCUGCGCGGAUACCUUCCGUGCUGGUGCUUUCGACCAGCUGAAGCAGAACGCGACCAAGGCCAAGAUCCCCUACUACGGUAGCCACACAGAAACCGAUCCUGUCGUCGUCGCAGCAGAAGGUGUGGAGAAGUUCAAGAAGGAGCGCUUCGAGAUCAUCAUCGUGGAUACCUCUGGACGACACAGCCAGGAGCAGGACCUCUUCGACGAGAUGGUGCAGAUCCAGAACGCCGUUCAGCCCGAUCAGACGAUCAUGGUUCUCGACGCCACAAUCGGUCAACAAGCCGAGGCACAAGCGCGCGCCUUCAAGGACGCAGCAGACUUUGGAGCCAUCAUCAUCACCAAGACCGACGGUGCUGCCGCAGGUGGCGGUGCCAUCUCCGCCGUCGCCGCGACACACACACCCAUUGUCUUCCUUGGAAACGGAGAGCACAUGCUCGAUCUCGAGCGCUUCAGUCCGCAGCCAUUCGUCUCCAAGCUGCUCGGCAUGGGCGACGUUGCAGGUCUCGUCGAACACGUCCAGUCCCUCAAGCUCGACCAAAAGGACACGAUGAAGCACAUUGUAGAAGGAAAGUUCUCCAUCAAGGACCUCCGCGACCAGCUCUCCAACAUCAUGAAGAUGGGCCCCCUCAGCAAGAUGGCCGGCAUGAUUCCUGGCCUGAGCAACAUGAUGGGCGGGAUGGACGACGAAGAGGGCAGCACGAAACUCAAGCGCAUGAUUUACAUCUGCGACAGCAUGACAGAAAAAGAGCUCGAGAGCGACGGAAAGAUGUUCAUCGACCAACCCACACGCAUGACGCGCAUUGCACGUGGAUCCGGUACGAGCGUGCGAGAGGUCGAGGAGCUGCUCACCCAGCACAAGAUGAUGGCCGGCAUGGCGAAGAAGAUGGGCGGCAUGCACAAGGGUAUGCAGAAGGCUCAGGGGGCCAUGGGCGGAAUGAACCAGAAGCAGCAAAUAGCUGCCAUGCAAAAGCGAAUGCAGUCCAUGGGCGGCGCUGGCCGUGGCGCCGGGGCUGGUGGGAUGCCCGGUGGCAUGGAUAUGGGAGCAAUGAUGAAGAUGCUUGGAGGCGGAGGCGGAGGCGGAAUGGACAUGAGCGCGCUCCAAAACAUGAUGGGCGGAAUGGGUGGGAUGGGCGGCGCUGGCGGCGCGAUGCCGGACAUGGGUGCCAUGAUGAACAUGAUGAAGGGCAUGGGUAUGGGCGGCGGCGCACCGCAAGGCGGGCGAGGAAGGCGCUAG